CCGACUUUUUGCAGCUGCCACUUUCGAGAUCGCGACGCCGGCUGCCUGCCUCUCGCAUGCAGGCCACAACGCAAUCCACGAACUAUUAAUACUGCAUUUCUGCCCCAGCGAUUGCGACACACCGGCUGUACGAACUCUGCGCAAACUGCACAGACUGCAGCACAAACCACCCACACAAUGGCAGCUCUCGACCACGAGAGGCUCGGCCUUGUGUUUGCGACCCGCCCCGACAUCCUCGACGGCAUUAAACAAGCUGCAGACUCCCCCGAGCGGAUCGCCCUCUUCAACUCCAUCGCCAGCUUCGUCGCCGAGCAGACCCAGAACGCCCCCGGCGAGCCCAGCGCAAAACGAAAACGGGUCGACGGCAACGAUGGCGCAGUCGGUGAGAACGGCAGCAGCGCAGGCCAGCAGGGCAUGCUGCCGAUACCCACACAGGCGGCCGCCGCCACCGGCACGCAGCAGCCCUCUGUCGUCGGCGCCGGGGCCGACUCGCUGCUGAUCGACAUGGCCAACGCCGCCGCCAAGGAGGUCAUCCUGCUCGAGGUCAAGGAGGUCAGCGUGGCCAUCCCCCAGAGGAAGAAGUACGACCUCUGCUUCACCAAGAAUUACCUGUACACGAAGCAGGUUGGCACAACUGCGCCAGUGCAGGGCAUGGUGUACGACUGGAGCCAACUAGAAUUCGUCCUCUACACGCCCGUCCCCGAGAAGCAGCAGCUCCACUUCAACUACAUCCUCUUCCCGCGCAACACCGCCCUCGCCUCCACAAAGUCCUUCCCCCCGGCAGACUUCGAGCCCCUCGUCUUCAGCGUGCCGGCCACCUCCCCGAAGCCGGGCGUCGUCGGCGGCUACGCGGCCCAGACCGCCGCCCAGGUCUCGGACAGCUACAGCUCCCUCAUGCACUGGGCCAUCAGCAGCCAGCUGCAGAGCGUCGCCAACGCGACGGCGUCCAUCGUCUCCACCGACCCGCGCGUCUUCGCCAGCGCCCUGCGCCAGCCCCACCGCCCUAAAGAAAAAGCAGUCCACGUGCGCGCCCACCGCGGCUCCAAGGACGGCUACCUCUUCUUCCUGCCCAACGGCAUCCUGUGGGGCUUCAAGAAGCCCCUGCUCUUCAUCCCGCUCGACCGCGUCAACGCCGUCUCGUACGUCAACGUCCUGCAGCGCACCUUCAACAUGGUCGUCGAGGUCGACGUGUCGCACGCGCCCCAGGUGGAGCAGCAGCAGCAGGCUAAGAACGGCGGGGCGGACGACGAGGAGAGGCCGCUGACCGAGGAGAUCGAGUUCGCCAUGAUCGACCAGGAGGACUACGGCACCAUCGACGAGACCUACGUCCGGCGGCACGGCCUGAACAACCGCUCCAUGGCCGAGGGCCGGAAGGCGAAGCGCCAGCUGCGGGAGAACGCCAGGGGCGGCGACGAGGAGGCGAGUGGUGCCGCGGCCGCCGCCGCCGCCGCGAACGGGGGAGAGCAGCAGCUCGGGGAGAACCUCACGCAGCUCGCGCUCCUCGGCGAGGACGAGGACGACGAGGAGGACGAGGAGGACUACGACCCUGGCUCCGAGGGGGAGAGCGAGGGCGAGGGCAGCUCGAGCGAGGAAGAGGACGACGACGAUGAUGAUGAGGAUGACGAUGAGGAGGCUGACGGGUAUGACGAGGAUGGCGGCGAGGAGGAGGGGUACGCGGAGGAUCACGAGUAGUGAUGCCUUGCUGCCUGCUGUAUGGGAACAAACGAGACUCACUCGGUACGCGGCCCUUGAUGGUGAUGGCCUGCAUGAUUCUGUCAACAAAAAGUCAGGCGUUUGGGUUGAAUUCAGGGGGAAUUAUGGGCCGAGGGUAGGGCAACACCCGGGCAAGCUUUGGGUAUUUCUAGUUGUGGGCAACACACACACGCACGCACACAUGAUAGUGGGGCAUUCUUCAUAGAUCAGCCGGGAUUUCACGGUAUGAGCACGACAACGACCAUUGGGGGGGGGGGGGUUACAUGACUACAGUAUUCGUCACACCCACUGCUGGCUUGCUGGCCAUCCUCGAGAUCCACGGUGAUGAUCUUGGUCGGUCGCUAUUGCACGCUGUUGGGGCUGAGCCCGGCGCCGUGAGUGAGUGAGUGGCUAGCUAGCUGGCUGGCUGGCUGGCUGGUCGAGGUCUGCAGCCCCCCCUCCCUAGAUAUGUAACGACUUGCCAUCCAUUCAACAGACUGGGAGCCAUCGUGGACAUCCUUACAGUCAAUUUCGGUCUCUAGUUAUAUCGCCCCCGUACUAUUUCUGUAAUUCGCAUUUUAGGCUUUUCGACAUUUGUGACGGUCCUGCUGCAGCUCGGGCGGAAGAUCCAGGGUCGCCUUGCAAUCGAUAGAGCCUUGCUUAGAGGCUCAAACGAUUUCACGUAGGGCACACAUGCUUCCUAAUUGGACCUCAUCGACUACCAACAAAAAAUAGAGAUCCAUCUAGAUGACGAAAAUAUGAUAUUUGAAUCGUUUUUAAGAGGGACAGGACGGUCGAUGACGCCAUAUAUAC